GAUCCUAGCUCCAAACACCGCAGGCAGGCGUCGGGUCGUGUGGCCGCAGCGCUUCGUUUGGCGACCGGCUGUGAUGUCGGCGCUGGAGUGGUUCGCGCAUAAGUCUCUGGGCGGAGGCAUCUACUGGAUCCAAGAGCGCUUCUACGAGUCGGGCAACCGGGCCAAUAUCUGGCUGGUGCGCGGCUCCCAGCGGGACGUGGUGAUCGACACGGGGCUUGGGCUGCGCAGCCUCCCCGACUACCUUCACUUGGCUGGGCUUUUGGAUCCCGACCCGGCCCAGGGCGAUCAGGAGGGAGCCGGUGUCGGCGAAACAGAGAAGGAACCCGCAAGCGGUGGGCGGCGGCGGCGGCCGUUGCUAGCCAUCGCCACCCAUGUGCACUUCGACCACUCGGGCGGACUGCACCAGUUCGAGGAGGUGGCCGUGCACAGCGCCGAGGCUCCAGCCCUGCGCCGCGGCGAUAACUACGAGACCGUCACUUGGCUCUCGGACAGCGAGGUGGUGAGGCAGCCCAGCCCCGGCUGGAGGGCCAGGCAGUUUCGAGUGCGACCCGUCCAACCGACGCAUGUUUUGCAGGAGGUGAAGGCACUAAUUCAUAAAGGUUCAGUGAUGAAGGCAGAUGGAUUUUGA